GAUGAUAACGAUGAUGACUUUAUCCCUGAAUUAAGCGGCUCAGAUGAUUUUUAUUCAGAAGAUAGUGAUUCUGAUUCCGAAGAAUUUUUAGAUCAAAGAAUGCAAUGCCUAUCUGAAUUUAAAUUAGGAAGUUUUACUGUAGCGGCAAAGGGAACAAGUUCUCUUUUUAAUUUUUUUAAACCAAUGAAAAACUUAGCUGAAGAUGAACUUGUUGUAGAUUUAACAG